AUGGACGAAGCCGGGAUCAUCCUCCGAGCCAGCCAGCCUCCAAAUGCCCGACAUAAAGCCAUUGACGAGUAUGCUCACGCGUUGGGGUUCGAGGAUGAUCCGUAUCUGACCGCCUUUGGGAUGAAAUCAGUGCAUCUUGGCAUCGAACGCGCGCAGGGCUACGUCGUCGUCCUGUACAUGAAGCUCGGAGGGACCAACUGGACACUGCAACAGCCUGUACCGUUGAUCCAGUCAGCUCCAACUAUCAUCAUCGGUGCGGAUGUUGAAGCACUUCGAGUGACAUCCACCAGCUUCCGAAUAUGCGUGCUUGCGUACUACGCGCGCACGAAGUGCAAGCCGGAGCGCGUGCUCUACUACCGCAAUGGUGUGAGCGAAGGGCAGCAGUUCGACGUCCUGCAGGCGGAGAUGCGAGCACUUGUCAAGGCGUUCAAGAUGAUCUCGGAGCACUACCGCCCUCCCGUGACGUUCGUCGUGGCCAACAAACGGCACCACCUUCGCGCGUUUCCAGUGGAGUCUCGGGACGCCGACCACAUGGGGAACGCAGUGCCUGGCACUGUGAUUGACGCGGGCGUGGUUGACCCGCACCGCUUUGACUUCUACCUCUACGGCCACGGAGUCAUCCCUCUCGGCACGAAAGUCCCGUGUCACUACACAGUGCUGCACGACGAGAACAAUCUGUCGGCGGAUGACAUCACGCGACUCGCCUACCACCUCGGCUACACUGUUUCGCGCAGUUCACACUCGGUUGCGGUCGUGGCGCCUUUGCAGUACGCGCGUUUGGCGCGCUUGUUCUUGAAGGAAGGCUCGGCGGUUGAAGGAGACGCCUCGGACAGCGCAAAUUCACCCCAAUUCGAGCUUGCUGAGGUGCACGGCAACGUGAAAAACGCCAUGUUUUACAUCUAG